CAAGCCACUAGUUUCAGUUCAUACAGAAACCUCCGUGGAGUCACCGCAUAUAGCUGGACACUCCGGUAUUCUUCUGAGAAAUGACACCGAAAACAAGCUGUAGUCAGUUAUAUGUCGUUUCCUGUGGACGAUCAUAACAAAUGGCUCGUCGGUGAUGUACUUUCAAUAUCUACAAGACCUGUGGGGUUGAAAUCCACAAUUUUUUGGACAUCAUCCCGGUAUUGUCUUUUUGACCGGAAACAUUUGAUGAUGGAUUGGAACCGUCCCACACCUUGAAAUUAAUCCUACCGGGCUCGAAUUACCGGCCGUGUUACGUUUCCUACCUUCAGCACCGACCUCACCACCUCCGCGCCUGGAACAGGUGGAAACGUGUCAUUCUGUUGUUGUCACCACCCACCUGGAAGUGGCAUGGGUAACCAGGUUGACAAACUGACACAUCUGAGUUAUGACAAUGUUCCGACCGCAGAUCCGAACGGCUUUGACACGGAGGAUGAGCUGGGGCCCCGGAUCGGUGUGUCUUAUAUCUUCUCCGCAGACGACGACGAACAAGAGGAACGUAUUGACGGACCGGACAAGGACCAGAACGAGGAAGAGAAGCAAUACGAUAACUGCGACGAGCUGGAGUGUGUUGUGUACUACCGGGACGAAUCUGUGUACGAGAAAAAUCUCAAACUAUCUGACAUGAGCACGUAUUCGACAGAGAAUCUUUUGAACAAGUGCAUACCGGGGGAUUUGGUGGAGUUCGUGGCUACGGGCCAGUACCCUCACUGGGUUGUGUACGUGGGCGACUUUCAGGUCGUUCACCUGCACCGGGCUGAAAUAAAGAAUAAUUUCCUGACAGAUGCCAGUCAGGGAAAGAGAGGCAGGAUAGUAAACGGGCUGUAUAAAUUCAUUGCUCUGCCUCCGGAGGUGGUGGUGCAGAACGCCAUGCAGCAGGUCGGAAGGCGAGACAGAGAGCUGUACUGGAGAAACUCUGAGUGUUUUGCUGCGUGGUGCCGGUUCGGCAAGAGGGAAUUCAAGAUAGGAGGAGAACUCCGGAUCGGAAAGCAGCCUUACAGGUUAAAAAUGCUGUUUUCUGAAAAGAAAAGUCACGUCCUUGAAUUUCAGAGUAUUGACGACUUGAUCAUGGAGAAGAGGCGAAAUGAUCAGAUCGGCAGAGAUGCGGUGACGCAAGAGUUAGCGAACCAUCUCAACUCAACUGAUGCGGAAAUGAAGGACGACUUUCAUCAGAGUGUAAACUGAAAGACCCCAAGAGAAACCGAGCUGAUGGUGAUGCCCAGUGGAGGACUUGGGCAGCGUUCAGCUUUAGGACCCAGUAGCCUACAUGACUAGAACACUGUUGGAAAUCCUAUUUUUGGGGCGCAAUGCAGUGCGCCUUUUUAUGCAUACCAAAACAUUUAUAUUGGUUUGAGAUGAAGUAGCAACUCAACCAAUAAAGUGCAUUCAUUUAACAACAGUUUAUACCUUGAGAUAAGACGGACACCUUGAAACCCCCCAAAACAUUUCCCAUCUAUACUGAACAAAACUAUAAACUCAACAUGCAACAAUGUCAAAGAAUUUACUGAGUUACGGUUCAUAUAAGGACAACAGUCAAUUUUAAAUAAAUUGAUUAGGCUCUAAUCUAUGGAUUUUAGGGUCUAACGUUCACGAUCGGAUGUAAACAAAUCUGCAUCUGUUGUUCACAAAUACCUUUAAAAAAAAAAAAUGGGCCUCACAAUGAGCCUCAGCAUCUCGUCACGGUAUCUCUGGGCAUUCAAAUUGCGCUCGAUUUAAAAUGCAAUUGUGUUCGUUGUCAGUAGCUUAUACCUGCCCCAUACCAUAACGUCACAACGUUGACGUCAGUAAAACGCUCGCCCACACCACGCCAUACACGUGGUCUGCGGGUUUUUGAGGCUGGUUGGACAUACUGCCAAAUUCUCUAAAAAUGAUGUUAGAUGUGGGUUAUGAUAGAGAAAUCAAAAUUAAAUUCUCUGACAACAGCUCUGGUUGACAUUCCUGCAAGUCAGCAUGCCAAGUGCGCGCUCCCUCAACUUGACACAUAUGUGACGUUGUGUUGUGACAAAACUGCAACAACAAAAAACUAUUUAGUGGCCUUUUAUUCUCCCCAGCACAAGGUGCACCUAUGUAAUUAUCAUGGUGUUUAAUCAGCUUCUUGAUAUGCCACACCUGUCAGGUGAAUGCAUUUCUCCUUUGCCAAGAUAAUCCAAACAAAUUUGUGCCAAAAAUGUUGUGUGUAUGGAACAUGUCUGGGAUCUUUUAUUUCAGCUCAUGAAACAUGGGACCAACUCUUUACAUGUUGUGUUUUAUAUGUUUGUUCAGUGUAGCUUAAUGUCGUCCCAUGGACUGGUCACUGUUGUUUUCUACCAAUCUGAAGAGGAGCAAAGGCUUUCCUAUAGCCUAUCAUAUCUGUCUGCACAACAUGCUCCUGUACAACCCUGGUGUUUUAGACCAAUGGAGAGGGAGAAGAACAUGUUCCUGUACAACCCUGGUGUUUUAGACCAAUGGAGAGGGAGUACAACAUGUUCCUGGUGUUUUAGACCAAUGGAGAGGGAGAAGAACAUGUUCCUGUACAACCCUGGUGUUUUAGACCAAUGGAGAGGGAGAAGAACAUGUUCCUGGACAACCCUGGUGUUUUAGACCAAUGGAGAGGGAGUAGAACAUGUUCCUGGUGUUUUAGACCAAUGGAGAGGGAGUAGAACAUGUUCCUGGUGUUUUAGACCAAUGGAGAGGGAGUAGAACAUGUUCCUGGUGUUUUGGACCAAUGGAGAGGGAGUAGAACAUGUUCCUGGUGUUUUAGACCAAUGGAGAGGGAGCAGAACAUGUUCCUGUACAACCCUGGUGUUUUAGACCAAUGGAGAGGGAGAAGAACAUGUUCCUGGUGUUUUAGACCAAUGGAGAGGGAGCAGAACAUGUUCCUGUACAACCCUGGUGUUUUAGACCAAUGGAGAGGGAGAAGAACAUGUUCCUGGACAACCCUGGUGUUUUAGACCAAUGGAGAGGGAGUAGAACAUGUUCCUGGUGUUUUAGACCAAUGGAGAGGGAGUAGAACAUGUUCCUGGACAACCCUGGUGUUUUAGACCAAUGGAGAGGGAGAAGAACAUGUUCCUGGUGUUUUAGACCAAUGGAGAGGGAGUAGAACAUGUUCCUGGUGUUUUAGACCAAUGGAGAGGGAGUAGAACAUAUUCCUGGACAACCCUGGUGUUUUAGACCAAUGGAGAGGGAGAAGAACAUGUUCCUGGUGUUUUAGACCAAUGGAGAGGGAGUAGAACAUGUUCCUGGUGUUUUAGACCAAUGGAGAGGGAGCAGAACAUGUUCCUGUACAACCCUGGUGUUUUAGACCAAUGGAGAGGGAGUAGAACAUGUUCCUGGUGUUUUAGACCAAUGGAGAGGGAGCAGAACAUAUUCCUGGACAACCCUGGUGUUUUAGACCAAUGGAGAGGGAGUAGAACAUGUUCCUGGUGUUUUAGACCAAUGGAGAGGGAGUAGAACAUAUUCCUGGACAACCCUGGUGUUUUAGACCAAUGGAGAGGGAGCACAACAUACGAUCCAUUUUGACAUUUCACUUUCCACAUUCCCUACUGUGGCUUUAUGAUUCCCUGUCUGACUGGUUAUUGUAUUCACAACCACAACGAUGUGUCCCAAAUGGUUCCCUAUAUAGUGCACUACUUUUGGCCAGAGCCCUAUGGUCCCUUGUUAAAUGUAGUGCACUACUAUACAGGGUGCCAUUUAGGAUGUCUACUGGCUGCUCUUUUAAUUCAGUCAAUAAUUGAUUUCAUGGUUUUUUUAACCAUUUGUUUUUUUUAGUUUUGGAAGUGAAUGUUUGUAUGAGGAAAUAUAUGGAAAUAAAUAUCUAUUUAACCUAAA